AUGCCUAUUAGGUCUACUGGUCACGGGGACAGAGGGUCCGGCUCCCUGUCCAAGCUCUCCCGUCCCCAAUUCUUCGCUGGAGGCUCGGAUUCUUCGGCUUCUUCUGAUUCACCUGAUUCACUCUCUGCCAGGGCUUCAUUGUUCGGAAAGAGGGAGAGCUCCCAAACUUUUGCAGAAGUACUUGCUGACGACAAGUCCUAUAGUUACCGCCCCGGUUACAAACCAGCAACAAACAGUUCUCACAACUUGAGGGGAGGUGAGGCUGAGAGGAAUGAAAAUUGUAAGGAUUCCCCUUUCAAUGCAUCCAACUCACUGCAAAAUUACCGUCAGCAACAGGAGACGGGUAUACGCCUACUUGGAUGGAUCAAUGAUCCAUCUCCUGGCGGCUUGCCAGCAAACUACACUCAAUCUACGUUCCUGCCUCCUAGCGUGCCCGGUGCAGUUGGCUCUCAACUGAGACAAAACUCAUAUCGAUGGACUUCCAUCAAAAAGGCCCCACCACAUCAGCCUUUAAAUGUGUGUUGGUGGUCAGGUCGUACUGCACAGGGCGUGGUCUUCCUGGAGGAUGUUAACCGUCCCGAAGGCUCGCAAUUUCCAUUUAUUUCCGAGCUCACCAAGACCAUUUACGAGAAAGACUUCGAUAUUGAUACGCUCAGGCGUUCUCUGGCCUGA